CCUAGUAUAUCUCCACCAUGAAGCCGAAAAAAAUGGGAAUCAUCGGCGGGAGCAUGUUCAGUUUCGGACUGUUCUUCCUUACUUUCACCUUUCCGACCAUCCUCAGAUCGCAAGUCAAGAAACAAGUAGCACUUAAACCAGGUUCCGAGAUGCGAGGGUUGUGGUCGAAUCUUCCUUUUCCGUUGGACUUCAAGGUUUACCUGUUCAACGUGACGAAUCCUGUGGAAAUAACGGCGGGCCAGAAGCCGAUUCUUCAGGAAGUGGGUCCAUUUUUUUACGAUCAGUACAAGGAGAAGGUGGAUCAGGUGGACAACGACGAAGAGGACAGUAUAGAGUAUAACGUGAAAGUCACCUGGUACUUCAAUCCUGCUCUCAGCAACGGUCUUACCGGCGACGAAGAACUCUAUUUGCCUAAUUUGCUGGCACUUCUGACGCUGAAGUUUGUUAUGAAGGAGCAACCGGGUGCGGUAGGAGUCGUCAACAAAGCGGUAGACAGUAUCUUCAAGAAACCGUCGACGAUUUUUAUGAAAGUGAAGGCCAAGGACAUACUCUUCGACGGCGUGAAGAUCGACUGCAACGUGAAGGAUUUCGGCGGUACCACGGUUUGCAACGCCCUCAAGGAAAAGAAGGACAAUCUAAUCCCGAGUGGCGAUAAUAUAUACUUGCUGUCCCUGUUCGGACCGAAAAACGGGACCAUCGACUCUUCGCGCAUAAAGGUGCUGCGCGGAAUGAAAAACCAUAAGGACCUGGGCCGCGUGAUCGCGUUCAAGGGGGAGCCAGCUUUGGCGAUUUACAGCGGCGAACGUUGCAACACGUUGAAUGGGACCGAUUCGACGAUCUUUCCGCCGCUGAUGACGAAACUAGACGACAUCGUCUCGUUCUCGCCGGAGAUUUGCAGGAGCAUCUCCGCGCCUUAUCGUCACGACAGCAAAAUCAAAGGCGUGAAUACCUAUCAUUAUUCGGCCGAUUUCGGGGACAUGAAAGGAAAUCCGGAGGACAGCUGUUAUUGCCCUACUCCGGAGACGUGCUUGGACAAAGAUUUGAUGGAUUUGGAGAAAUGCAUAGGUAUACCUCUCAUCGGGUCUCAGCCGCAUUUUCUUGGAACCGAUGAGAAGUACUUGGAAAUGGUCGACGGACUCCAUCCGAAUCCGGAAGAACACGAUCUCUCCAUGGACUUCGAACCGUUGACAGCCUCCCCUUUGAGCGCUCACAAGAGACUGCAGUUCAGCAUGUUCGUUGGCCCGGUGGAGAAGUUUAAGCUGAUGAAAACUUUCCCCGAAUGUCUGUUCCCGAUAUUCUGGGUGGACGAAGGCGUGCUGCUCGACGACUCGCUCGUCAGCCAAGUGAAGCAAGUGUACUUGCUGAUAGGAAUCGUCGGAUUCAUGAAGUAUCUGAUGAUGGUGGGUGGCGCCGGCCUCGGUGCCGCAGCGGGCGCAUUGCAUUACAAAAACAGGAACAAGAACUCGCUGGAUGUGACCAAAGUGACGCCGGAAUCGCGAAAUGGGAAGGACGGGGAGAAAAAAUGGCCGCCGCAGCAGCAGAUGAACAUCAGCACGAUACAGACGCAGAGCGCCGCGGUGCCCCCUAAUUUGGACGCCAAUUAAACGGAGUCUAUUUCGAAGUUAAAAAAAGAUUUAACGAUCAUCGAGAUCGAAUGACGUUUUACUGUUAUCGGCAACCUAUUUAUUUUGUAAAUAUUAUUCAAUUCAUAUACGCCACAAUCGGUGCAGUCAAGAAAAUGAACUACGGAAAGCGAGGCAUGCGCGGAGAGUCCCGCACAGCGGUGUUUCCCGAUCGGACGCGGGCUCUGCGUCGCGACGCCAUCUUGGUUCAGAAUCGCGAUUUUCACCCGGUGGACGUCCCGCGCCGCCGCGCGGGACUCUCUGCGCAUGCGACGCGUUGCGUAGUUCGCUUCCUCAACCGCACUGGUCACAAUUCGUUCUCGAUUUGAUUUCAGUUUUCGUUCUCGUUUGCGUACUCGAUAAGCUAAUGAUACCGCGAAGAAGUUCGUCGACGAACGUCGACGAUUUUACAUUAGAUAUAUUUAAAUUGAUGCAUUAGCGAAUAGUUCCUAUCUAUCGAUUGCUCAUACAUUCUAUUUAAUCCUCGUGCAAUUUGCGAACGAUAAUUUACCCCUUUCUCCGUUUCAAACACAGUCGAGUUUUCGUCGUUCUUUCAAAACUGUGCCGCAAUUUGAUUCGGGUCGCUUGGAUCGAUCGGAUGAAAGGGUGAAACGAAAAUGGAAGAACAUCAGCGUAGAAUCCGUUUUCGUGAAACAAUUAUUAUCUAUGUAAGAGCGUACGAGGGUUAAUCGUCACGUUCAAGUGCUUACAAUUAGCGACGGUCUUCGUUAAUAUUUUCAGUACAAUUAUUAGACCCAUUUUAUUCAAUUUUAAGCGUCGUUAUAUCGUACAUUGUAAUAAGAUCUAUUAAUCGAACAAUAAAUAAAUGACAUUUUUUAAAAC